AUGACUGGUGAUGAAACGGACGUCUGGCUUUCUUCGACUCAGGGACCUUCAGGGCAUGAACCCAUCCGCGCCGGUUAUCGAACAUCAUUUAGCUUAUGGUGCAUGUCACCAGAAUUGGCUUUCAUUAGCGCUUUUUCCGAAUGUCGUUCCGUGAUUCUGGCAUCUGGUACUCUUUGUCCUGUGGAGACAUUGAAGACAGAAUUGGGUUUGAAAUUUCAUUCUCAGAUGGAAGGAGAGCAAGUUAUUCCAUCCGAGCAGAUAUUCGCUGCAGUUUUGCCAGUGGGACCUUCUGGACACCAUCUAUGUGCAACAUAUCGCAAUGUUUCCGAUGGCGGCAGCCCUUUUGUCAGCGAGUUGGCGUUGAGUAUACGCACAAUAUGCCAAACCGUACCGAAAGGAAUACUAUGUUUCUUCCCAAGUUAUCGCAUGUUGACAUUGGUAUUCGAGUACAUGGAGAAUGCUUCAAUUCUGCGACAAGUCCAGCAACGGAAGGUGGUAGUGAAAGAACCUCGUCGUUCUUCCGAUUUGCCCGCUGUGAUGGAAAUCUAUGAGGAUGCAGUAAGAAAUCCGACUAGCCAUGGUCGACAUGUAGAUGGCGCUCUAAUGUUUGCUGUUUUCCGAGGCAAAGUAUCAGAGGGUAUUGACUUUGCUGAUGACCUUGCCAGAUUGGUAAUAUCUGUUGGUAUCCCUUUUCCAAAUGCAAUGGAUGAUCUAGUGAAAGAGAAAAAGAUCUAUAAUGACGAGUUUUGUAAAACUAAAGCAUUACUCACUGGAGACCAGUGGUAUGUAUCACAAGCCUACCGAGCUUUGAAUCAAGCGCUUGGAAGAUGUUUGCGGCAUCGAAACGAUUGGGGUGCUCUGGUACUGGUCGAUGAACGUUUGACAGCGCAAGCGGUGAGAUCUGGAGGAAGUGAGUUUAGAGUUUAUGGCCUUACGGAAAGCAGCGAAGAUGGACUGAUACUUGCAGAAGUUGUAUCGUCAGCUCGUGUAUCGACAUGGAUUCAGAAACAAUUGCAUGUGUUCCAUCAAUUUACGGACUUUGAGACGUCAUUAGCUGACUUCGUUAAACGCAUGCAACUUAAAGAUGAAGAGAGACAGUUCGAAGUUUCGGAUGAUUUUUGA